AGGCUAAACCCUCCGCCGCCUGUGACCAACCCGAUGCAAGCAGCAUGUCAGGGCCAAUCAUGGUUGAGGUAACUCCCUCGGAAGAGCAGUCUAAAAAUAGCAACCAAUCAGACGAUGAGGAUGUGGAGGAGAUUGGCGAGGGUGAAGAUAUGGACACCGUUGCAAAGAAAGCAGAACUAGUACAACACUGGAAAGAAUUCGUCCCCACAGCCAUGACCGCAGCCAUCAAACAACUGCUGGAGGGUGAUCUAGCAGCAAUGGUAGGUGCCCCAGCAUGUGUGAGAGGUUCACCGCGUCUGACUUUCUAA